AUGCAAGUGUAUUUCCCUAUACAAACUCUAACAAGUAUUGCUGUUGAUCUGAGUGACAAGGUCUCAUCUCUCAGCGUGGACAUGAGCUGCCAGAUGGUGUUUGGGAUGAAGUACAUGGAUGAGGAGUUUGAUGCGAGGGGGUUCAAGUCUGUGGUCAAAGAGGGCACACAACUAUUGUCUGCACCUAAGUUGGACGAUCACAUUCCUUUUAUUGCUCCCCUUGACCUCCAAGGGUUUACAAAGCGCAUGAAGUCUGUUAACAAGGCUUUCGAUACCUUCUUUGAGAAGAUCAUUGAGGACCAUCUUCAAUCUAACGAUGAAGAAAUAACUAAGGACUUUGUUGAUGUCAUGGUGGGCUUCAUGGGAUCUGAAGAAUCUCAAUACCGUAUAGAACUGCCGCGCCCCCCCCUACCCCCCCAAUAUCAAAGCCAUAAUAUUGGUGAGUACACAUAA